GUUCUUUUUAUCCCUCUUUCAAAGAACCUUCUUCAUGUUAAGUACACACAUAACCAGCAAACUAUAUUGAAGUAUACCCAGCUGCUUUCUGAUGCGACGAGCGUGAGCAACCACCAUCCAUUGCAAGCGACGAUACUCUGUAGACCACGAAGAUGUUAACCACGCAAUCUCUUAGGCGAACAAAUUAUGAGUCUGAUAUGACUCAACCGCAAAUACCGCCCGCGGGCAUCACCUCUGUUUUCGAUGGGGGUGCGAAAGACGCGGUCACUUGGGAACGUGGACAACGACCUGUAACACCUGAAACCAUUAAGAAAUAUAGGCAGAGCGUGGUUCAUGAGCCGGGAAAAAUCAUCCGGCACCCAGGAGUUGCAGAGGACCCAAUUCCUCCAGGGCCGUAUGGAGUGAAGACAGCGGCCCCACCAGGACAAAAUGUCACCGAGGUGAUAAAAAACUACCCGGAUUCCGAGCUAGCGCGAUGGAAGCUGGAGCAAGCUGAGAACAUUUACGCAAGCUCGCAACGGGAACCUCUAGGGCGUGGCUACGUCCGGGGUCACAGAAUCCCUGGGGCCCUUGGAACCGAGCGGCCCUUUGGGAUUGCGUAUGACUCGCGGGGCAAGGAGCUGGCCCGCCAGGCCGCCACCGUCAUCUUCCCCACCGACCGCCCCGCCGAGGAGGACCCCGCCACCCGCUCGCAGUACGUGCGCAGCCACGGAGACUACCUGCCAGGCGAGCAGCGGCGGCGCAACUACGACUGGGGCACUGCGGGGGUGGACCCGGUGUCGCACCGCUUCGGUGCGGUGGACAAGGACCCGGAGCGGGAGGGCGUGCGGCGGGCGCUGCAGACCACACUGGAUCCAGCGCUGCAGCCCCCCAAGAUCCUCCCCAAGCUGCACGAGGACUACAAGGCCACCUCCUCCGACUACCUGGGGCGACCCAAGCAGCUGGGCACCGGCGACCGACCCAGCCUGGCGCCCGGCCACACCUUUGGGGUGCCCUCCAUGCGCAAGGGGCGGGAACCGGGUGUGGGCGAGCUGAUGACGGGAUACUACGGUCGUGGGGAGCAGGACCCGGACGCGGACCUGGGCAAGAGCCUGCGGGAGGGCUUCAGGAACAAGACCAAGUCCGGCGACGAGACCCGCGUGUUCGGCGUGCCCACCAUCCGCACCGACAUGGUCCGCCUGCCCAAGCUGCGCUCCGUGGCCGACCCGCAGAACUACGGCAACGAGCCGGACGCGGGGCAGGUGCUGCGGCCGCCGCUGGCUGCGGACCUGGGCAUCUCGGAUGAGCAGUUCGUGGCGCUACGUCCCAAAGAGGAGAUCCGGCAGCUGGUGGACGACGCCGGCGUCAACAUGUCGGAGGAGGAGUUCGACGCCGCAUGGGCGCUGGCGGCGGAUGCGGAUGGCGCGGGCAUCGCGGCCGCAGCUGCCACCACCAGCGACGGCAAGCCACGAGCAUGCAUUGACACCUUCUUCCGCGCGCGACACCACCUGCUCGCGCAGACGUUGCAGAUUGCGCCGCCCUUUUAGAGAAGAGGCUGCUGCUGGCACUGCUGAGCUGCAGGGGAAGAGGCGUUUACGUGUGUGGCAGUGGUUGUUAGUUUGAUUGAGCGUGGGAUGUAGCAGUAAGGUGUAAGAGAUAGUAUUUGAGGCACAUAGGUUUGCAGGUGGGCUACAGGACUAUGUGUGAAAAGGUGGUUUAAGCUGUAUACGGCAGUGAAGAGGGCUGCGAUGCACUGAAGUGGGUUUCUUUCGUCGAGGAUGUGGGUAUAUGUGUUUUGGAUGACCCUCUGUGGCGUCUGCCAUUGCGCAGUAUAGCCGUUUCGUGGUCAGGUCGGCUCGUGACCCGCGGGUCCUCUAGUACAUAGUUAUGUAUGGCACGUCGCCGAAUUCAGGCAACAACUUCGUGGAUUAUGGUCUGUACCAAUCCUACCAAAAGGGUUCUGAUAUACGUACAAUAGUUUCGCAGGGGACUUCAGGAACGUCCAUGUGUGGAUAUCCGGGUCUAUUCGACAAUUAAAAAUGGUCUACGUAUGGUGGCAGGUCGUGCCUUACAACUGUCGCUCUUGGGCGGCUUGAAAGCCCCUGUAAAUAUAAGGAGGGUAUUCGACAACGUAUCAUGCAGGCUGUUGUAAUCGU